AUGGGCCCUGGCCGGCUUUUCUGGCAAGUUUUCUCUCAUCCGCCGCUUCCCACAGCUACUUUCGCCGGCAAAACCGUGAUUGUGACCGGUGCAAAUGUCGGCCUUGGAAAGGAGGCUGUUAAGCAUUUUGUUCGCCUAGGCGCUACAGUCAUUGGAACGGCGCGAUCGAAUUCCAAAGCGGCAACUGCUCUUGCAGAUAUUAAUGCAGAGACCAAAGGCCCAGGACGCGCAAUGAUCUGGGAGCUGGAGUAUGGUAGCUACGCAUCCGUUCUAGGGUUCUGUGAACGGGCAUUGUCAGAGCUGGAUCGGCUGGAUGUGGUAAUUCUGAAUGCAGGGGCUGCAACCCGCACAUAUGAGCUCCUCGAAGGGGAGGAGUCCUCGAUCACAAUAAAUGUCAUCAGCACAUUACUUCUUGCGCUCUCUUUACUUCCGAAACUUCGGCAAACAGCCGCGACAUACAAUGUUAACCCUUGUUUGACUGUGACGAGCUCUAAGAUUCAUUCCUGGGCGAAAUUCCCAGAGCGCGAGGCUGCGGAUAUAUUUGCAGCGCUCAAUGACCCGCUUUCGCCGAUGAUGCAGGAGCGCUACCCUACUAGCAAACUUCUCCAACUUCUCGCAAUACGGGAGCUUGCGUCGCGGACUUCUUCCACUUCCCCCCAGGUUGUCAUCAACCUUGUUAGCCCUGGGCUCAACAGGACUUCUCUUACCCGCGAAACAACAGGCUUGGAAGCCAUCGUAUUGGCAGCCAUCCAUUACAUAUUUGCUUGGGAUCCAGAGGUUGGCUCUCGCAUAUUGGUGCAUGCAACCAUGGCCGGCAAGAAAUCUCACGGGGUGCUGCUGGAUAAAUGUGAAAUUGAAAACGACAUUUUGGCCCAUUGGAUUGAAACUGAUGAGGGCAGGAUCAUCCAGCGCAAAGUUUGGUCUGAAUUGGAGAAGAAGCUGGAAGCAAUUCGACCUGGUAUUCUUUCCGGGAUUUGA